AUGGAGCCGGACGCGGAUGAGGACUACAUGGGCGACCUCUCCCGCUUCCUCCCACCGAGUCCGUCCUCCUCCCCACCGAAGAAUCUCGGGCGCCGGAAGCAGCCAUCCACGCAGGCGCAGGCGCAGCCGAGGGCAAAGCGCGGGAAGGGGGUGUCGUGGCAGGAGCGGCGGCGGCAGGAGCGCGAGCGGAAGCAGCGGGAGGAGGACGCACGCACGAUGGCCGGGCUCGCGGAAGCUAUCCCUGAGAGCAACGUAGGGUUCAGGAUGUUGAAGCAGAUGGGGUACGAUCCCGACUCCCGCGCCGACGCCGGCGCCGAACCGGUCAGCAUCGAGAUCCGCCGCUCGCGGGCGGGGCUCGGGGCGGAGGAGCCUGUGUUGGCUCUGACGCCGGCGCUGGCGCCGGUGGAGAAGCCCCGGGAGGUGUCGGAGCGGGAGCGUAGGCAGCAGGAGGAGAUGGCAGCAGAG